AUGCCGCACGCCGGACUUCCGAGCGAUGACUUGGGUUGCGGCGGCGCAGAGAGUCUGUGCCUGGAGCGCGAGGAGAUGCUGGGCCCCUGGAAGUACCAGGGCGAGGGCGGCGGCGCCUGGAACCGGGUGGAGGACAUGAAGUUCGUGGGCCAGGGCCAGGGCAACUGGGGCCGGGAGCGGGUCCUGACGGGCUGGCGCGUGCGCACCUGCAGUCUGUGCUUCUGCUUCUUGCUGCUGCUGGCGGCGCUCGGGGUCAUCGGCUUUUACAUCUUCGGAAGGGUGAGCCCCGCUGCCGGGCACUCCGAGCAGCACUCAGGUUCGACUGCACGGAUGGGGUGGCGAGCUGGGCCUCCUGGUCGGACGCCAAAAAGGCCUUCUGCUGCGCCGAGCUGA